AUGGCAAACACAAUGGAGCCCCGAGAUGCCUUUUGUGGGCGGACUCUUCAGGAAAUGAUCCGGGAGAUGAACCGCCUGGGCAUGAUGGUCGACCUCUCGCACUCGUCCACCAACACCGUGAGGGACGCCCUGGAGACCUCGCUGGCGCCCGUCAUCUUCUUCGCACUCGGCCGCCGCGCCCUCUGCGACAUCGAGAGGAAUGUUCCUGACGACGUCCUUAGCUCUCUGGCAUCGAACCGAGGGCUUGUGAUGGUGAGCUUCUACAACGACUUCCUCACUUGCGGGAAGAAGGCGACCAUAAGAAACGUCAUUGGUGAGUCUGACUUCUGA